AGUAAUUAACUUGAAGAUUUUGCAGUUAAGCGAAAUCAUAAAAUUUAAUGAGGCUUACAUACAAUCCAUUGAGAAACAUGCUGAAUACGUCUGAUCGUGUUUAAAACCGUCAACUCCCAUAAGACUGCCCAGUUCGUUGCUGAUCUCCUGUAGGUCCAAGAUCUUCCCUUCGAUCGAAGUAAACAAUUAGCGAUCUUAAGCAGCCCUUUGGUUUACCGCUCGUUUACUAGUUGAACGUUUUACAGAAUUUUAAGACAAAAUGAAGGGCCUUGUCUUUAUACUUAUUUUGUCCAUCGUGUUUCAAGUCAAAACACAGAAGAAUCCUGAUUAUAUUUACAAGGCGGCGGCCCAGAUCUGCAAGCCAUACUUCCUCCAGUGUAAACAAAAUCCCGAUAGAGGGAUAAGCGACUGUUUCCAGGAUGUGUACAAAACCUGUAUUCCAUCGUUUCGUGAGGGAUUUCAAGCCAUCGAGAAGUGUGUUGCUGAUGCUGGAGACGAUUUGCAAUCUGUCAUGACGUGCACUAAAGGUUUCACAGAAGCUUGACACGCACCUUUUCUCUAAGCCAGUGAAUUAAAAGAACAGAGUGUAAUCAGUAUAGGAUUUAAGAUAUGUUAAAGAAUCAAGAAAGAAUCAAUAGAGAUGUGUCUCGAAUUUAGACCUUUUUUUUUUUGUAUAUUUCUUUGUUUUAAAUAUAAGAAGGCGAUUUAAGAAAUAAAGGUCUUUGAAAACUA